UAGAGGUUCAUAACGAGAAGGCAAAUGAGGGUUUUUCGAUUAGGGAUUUCGCUACUCUCCGCAGUGGCGGGAAGUCACUUUUCCCUCUAAAUCCCUAAAACACAGCCAGAGAGAAAUUCAAUCGAUACAGUUCGAAUUAGGGGACAGAGAGAACCAAAUCAUUCGAAGAAAAAAUGGGGAAAGACGAGGAGGAGAUGAGGGGAGAGAUUGAGGAGAGACUGAUAAACGAAGAGUACAAAAUCUGGAAAAAGAACACUCCUUUUCUCUACGAUUUAGUCAUAACUCAUGCCCUAGAGUGGCCGUCACUCACCGUCGAAUGGCUUCCAGACAGGGAAGAGCCGCCGGGUAAGGACUACUCCGUCCAGAAGAUGAUUCUUGGCACUCACACCUCCGAGAACGAGCCCAAUUACCUCAUACUUGCCCAGGUCCAGCUCCCCCUCGAUGAUGCCGAGAACGAUGCUCGUCACUACGAAGAUGACCGUUCCGACCUUGGCGGAUUCGGUGCCGCCAACGGUAAGGUCCAAAUUAUACAGCAGAUCAAUCACGACGGCGAGGUCAAUCGCGCUAGGUAUAUGCCGCAGAACCCCUUUAUUAUCGCUACCAAGACCAUCAAUGCAGAAGUGUUUGUUUUCGACUACAGUAAGCAUCCCUCGAAACCCCCUCUUGACGGCGCGUGCAACCCCGACCUGCGGCUCAGGGGUCACACCACCGAGGGUUAUGGGUUGUCUUGGAGCAAGUUCAAGCAGGGGCAUUUGCUUAGCGGUUCCGAUGAUGCGCAAAUCUGUCUAUGGGAUAUCAACGCCACUCCCAAGAACAAGGCCCUUGAUGCUACGCAAAUCUUCAAGGUCCACGAGGGUGUUGUUGAGGAUGUAGCCUGGCAUCUUAGGCAUGAAUACCUAUUUGGUUCUGUAGGGGAUGAUCAAUACCUGCUUAUAUGGGAUCUCCGCACUCCUUCGGCCACCAAGCCUGUCCAGUCCGUAGUUGCUCACCAGAGUGAGGUUAACUGCUUAGCUUUUAAUCCAUUCAACGAAUGGGUUGUGGCAACAGGAUCUACUGAUAAGACAGUUAAGUUAUUUGAUCUGCGCAAGAUCAGUACUGCACUCCACACGUUUGACUGUCACAAAGAGGAAGUUUUCCAAGUGGGGUGGAAUCCGAAGAAUGAGACUAUUCUUGCUUCUUGUUGCCUUGGGAGACGGCUUAUGGUGUGGGAUCUUAGCAGGAUUGAUGAGGAACAGACACCAGAGGAUGCUGAAGAUGGUCCCCCUGAGUUGCUCUUCAUUCAUGGUGGUCACACUAGUAAAAUAUCGGAUUUUUCAUGGAACCCUUGUGAAGAUUGGGUUGUUGCUAGUGUGGCUGAAGAUAACAUCCUUCAAAUAUGGCAGAUGGCAGAGAAUAUCUAUCAUGACGAGGAUGAUAUACCAGGAGAUGACACCACAAAAGUAACGUAGAGUAUUCUUCAUACUGGGAAACCGAAAUAGUUUAUCAAACUGUAAUAGGGGUUUAUUGUAGUUUUUUGUUCUCUUGUUUAAUUUACUAUUGAGUUCUGGAAAAUAUCUUUGGCUCCAUCUCUGACCUUUAACCUCUGUGAGUCCGUGUAUGUGGUAUUGUGUUUCAAUCCUUGUACCAACCUGCUGGAAUGUUUUACGAAUACUCUAUAGCUUGUGUGUGUACUUUGUAGGCUUUGGAUGUUGAAAUGGGUAGGGGCAAGGUCCGAGCUCCUGCAACCAGAGUAGGCACAAGUUGAGGGUUUCAUCUGGAGUGGAUUAAUUAUAGCAAAAUAGCCUUUUAAGACUCUUUCCCCCCAUCUUUAUAAAUUAUAAUUGAUUGUUUUAGUGGAA